AUGGCUGCUGUCCCAUGCCGCGAUAUCGCCGAAAGUAUUGCACCAAAUAUGCUACUGCACCACAUGGUCCCCCCCAUAAGCCACAAGCAGCGGGGAAGCGCGCAUGCUGGCACGAGCUACAGGCUACUACAGGCCUCAACAGUAAAAAACCGUCCUCCUAUGUCGCAGCACCUCGCAAUUGACAUCACAAGUGCCGGAAGAAACCCCACCUUUGGACCUUCUGUGAAUUUUGUCGGCGGGUUGUCAGUCGUGGCUUCCCGUGUCGAAUUUGUAACAGCUGUGUCCGCAACUUCCUCGAAUCCCUGUCUGAGCGGUGGGAGACGGGAAAACACAGAAAAGAAGCUCUCAAUCUCACAUCCUCUUGCCUCUCAGUUGUGCAACUAA